AUGGUUAAGGAUCAAAACGGUGCGUUUUGGCGACGAAGUUUGUUUUGUAUUGGUGCUGUGCCGCCUCUUCUGGUUCUGGGCCUCGGCGAGGCGUUAAAGCAAAAAGGUUGCGUUUCGAUGGUGAACAGGGAGGCCGGAAAUCCUCAGGCUUGCGCCUCAUGCAGACAUCAAAGGAAAAGAUGUGACGAAACAUGUGAGUUAGCUCCAUACUUUCCGGCAAAAAGGUACCCGGAAUUCCAAAAUGCUCACAGGGUAUUCGGUGUGAGCAACAUAGUGAAGAUCAUGAACGCAGUAAUUGAGCCACACCAGAGGCAAGCAGCUGCUGACUCAAUACUAAUGGAGGGCAAUGCAAGGAGAAAUGAUCCGGUGCAUGGCUGUCUUGGUAUUGUGCGUAGUCUCAAGUCCCAGAUUGAGUUUUACGAAAAGCAACUUGAGAUUGUCAAUCAUCACCUUGCCUUUUUCCGGGAGACAGAGAAGAUUGAGCAGCAGCAAAAGCUUGAUGGGUUCAAGUAUCUCACAACAAUCCUGCCUCAUGAACUAUCAACCUUGGAAGAAGGUGUAGAUGUGAAACCCUUUGACAUCCAGCCUGUAGAUCAAAUGUUGGAAUGUUAUGAGCAGCAGGAGAAUAUUGUUAUUACAAGUUUCAGUGGACCAGCAGAAUCCAGUAGUACUGUUUCCGAAGCCCAUGGUAUGCAGCCUAUGCAGGGUGUUGGUGAGGAAGAUACAGAAAACGAGGCCGGAUCUCUCUCUCGUUCUCUCUCUCUCAAGAAUGAUCAUAAAUGAAAUCUAUUAUGGGAAAGAAUUUUUUAUGCUAAUAUUUG